UUAAUAGAUAAUWUAUAUAUAUAAUAUUGUAGAAUUAUAYAGUAUCAUCUAUAAACAUUCUUAUUAGUUAUUAACUUAUUAUUUUAUUAGUCUGAUAUUUACUAGUAGUUAGUAAUUACCAUUACUACUUUUGCUAACUUGUGAACACUGAACAGUGUGUUGUUAAUUCUUAGUUUAUUCAGUAUUCCGGCGUAGAGUUGAUUAGAAUAGGGGUUCAAGUGUGGUCAAAAGAAUCAGAUUUUUGUUGAGCUGUAAAAGUUGUUGACAAGUCUAAUCUUUGAAUUAUCUUGCAGUAAAACAUUUAACAUCCGUGCUAAACGAAACUAUGCAAAGAAACGUAGAAAUCAAAGCGCGUGUUGAAGAUUUGGAGGCCGUCAAACAGCGUAUUUUAGCAUUAAAAUCGAAUGCCGCCUAUGACGUUCGCCCGGAUUCCACAGCCAUGAUACAAAGAGACUCGUUCUUCAAUUUGCCGGCUGGUAAAUCUGGCAAAUUGAAACUCAGACAAAUGGGUCUUUAUAAUGAGUUAAUUUAUUAUGACCGUGAGGAAAGCACAGGGCCAAAGUUGAGUUCAUAUGUUAAAUGCCAAGUAAACGAAGAUAUGGAAAAAUUACUUACAAAUGCCUUAGGUACGUGGGGAGUUGUGAAAAAAGAAAGAAAUUUGAUAAUGGUUGGACAAACAAGAGUACAUUUUGAUAGGGUUGAUGGUCUUGGAGAUUUUGUCGAGUUAGAAGUGCUUUUAGAUGAUUCCCAAACAGUUGAGGAUGGACAAUUAAUUGCAGAAGACCUGAUGUCUCAUAUGGGAGUUGAAGAAAAAGACUUGAUAUCUGUAGCAUAUGUAAACAUGCUUGCUCAAAAUAAAUCAUAAUACCUUGAAAUUGUAUACAAAUAUAAA